UUUAGGUACGUGGAGAGUGAAAGUAACGAGACGGGGUUAAGCUUCCUGUCAUUGUACUACUUUUGCAUCGUGUUAGACUGGAUUUUUUGCUCUUUCCAGUUUAACAUCCUUUGAUUCCUUGGAACUUCUCCCUUCUGGCUUUUUUUCCUUCUUUUUUUUCUUCACGACUGGUCGAGUCCUGAUGCCAAUGUCAGCGUCGGGAAAGACUCGAAACACGUCUUCCUUUACCGCCGUGCAGCGCAGCUUGCCUGCGAUCCGAAUAGCCUCAUCCAGCCUCUGCAAACCCGGCUGCCAUUCGAGUUAUGGACUGGAUGCGGUCCCUGGCAUUGCGUUUGGAGUUCUGCAGGCGUAGGGCUUGAUACGUCGCCACCCACGAACGUGUCCCGCUUCUCUCCUGGCUUUGACCUAACAACCUGGCUGGCUUAUAUUUUUUUGCCCUUGCAUUUGGCAUGAAGGUUCUAAACCUUUGGCCAUUAUCUUGCACAUAAACGACGUAUAAAUUGAUCGCGCCGCUCUCCCAGGCCCGCUACCAUCAGCGGAUCUGGAAACGCCAUAGGCAAAAUAUUGGUAAACAUGGCGGCGACUGUCAAAUCGGGGACGGUGGAGCCCGUGGGCUUCAGCGCGGCUGACAUUUGGAAGAGUGCUCAAAAAUGCCGGCGCACCCUUCAGAAGAGACUGGAGCAGCUUCAUCAGAACGAAGGCAAGGGCAAUGAGGAUUCGUACCUUCGGGCGCUGGACGAGAUCCUGUGCACCUUUCGACUUGGUUGCGUCGGUACUGUCUUUGAGGAUUUUGCCUACGCUACCGAGCAGAACGUCGACAAGCACUUAUGGAAUAUGCAUUCGACCAUCAACGGCGAGUUCCGUCGUGUUCGCUCUCGGCUAAACCCCAAGGCAGAGCCCAAGGUCGCCAUACUCCACCGACAGGUCCUAAAGAUGCAAGGUGACUUUCUCCGUACGUCGCAGAAGUUCUACAAAGGCUAUCUCCAGCGGCUGUCGGCCAAGUACCAAAUCCCCAACCUCGAUCGAGUUGUUAAAUCUGUGAGAUUCGACGUCACGUUGGACAAGAUGGAUCGCGAAUCGAACGCCGGACUGGAGUCCCAGAUUGUUCGGGCUUGCCAUCAGAUUCUGGUUCAUCUGGGCGACCUCUCUCGCUACCGUCUAGAAGUCGACCGGAAGCCGCAGAAAACCGACAUACCGCUGCUGUACCUCCGCCUCGCCAAUGAUCUGCUACCGUCGUCUGGGCUUGGUUAUCACCAGAUGGCCGUUGUCUACCGCGGUGUUAAGGACCAAGACCUUUCCAUCGUUUAUCACCUCCAUCGAGCACUUGUCGUGCAGGAACCACAUCCAAUGGCUGCCAAGAACCUGGAGAUCGAGUUUCAGAAACUGAGCCCAGGGAGUCCAAUGAGAGGUCGCAAUGCGUCCCUGGAUCCUCAAAUCACCUUGUCUGUGUGGUUCGUGCGCCUGCAUGCUAUCUACUAUGCAGGCAAGGUUGUUCCUCAGCAGAAAGAACUGGAACGGGAGGUCCUUCACCGUAUCCAGAUGCUACUUAUGACGAAGGAUACCGUCGGCAUCCUCCUUACGCUGGUUCUCACUAGCAUCGCUGCCUACGACUUUGCCUGGCAAAGAACUGAAGAGAAAUGGUCUGAAGAAGCCUCGCAAUCCUGCCAGUUCAUUCUCGGCUUCAACAUUCGCAUGAUCGUUGCUGUCAACCGGGUCCUGGCAAAGCAGAUUCAAGAAGCGUUGCAGUCUGUCACGCCAGCGCCGGCACCAUGCGAGACAUCGACUCCUGUGGCAGCCAAAGCUACCGACAAGUUUCUGACAGUUCUGCAGUCAGCUUUGCCUCUGCUGCGCGUCUACAUGGUUUGGCUUUGCAAGUAUCGCGGGGAUGUCGUGCGUUACGCAAACCACCUCUCUCACGUGACCGAGAUGCACCAGUCGAUGGCCGAAACCAUCUCACUCUUGAUUGAUAUUUUCCGAGGCGACCAGAACGAUGGUUCCACCGCCAAGUACAUGUUGUUCGAAGACAUCGAGACACUGGGUUUUCAGCCUCUGGAGAACGAGAAGGCCCCUUUUGUUUGUCGCCCAAUGCAUUUCUUCCCGGAUGGCACCGCAAAACCCAGGGUUGAGGAUUGCUCUUUUGACAAGGCUGACAACAAUGGUGAGACCCUUUCACGGAUCAACGACGUUGUCAACUGUGGCUACUUCAUUGGAACCGAUCCGAACUACCCUUUGACGAUUGCCCGGAAGCAAAAGGGUCCGCGAACCAUCACGGUCCUCAGUUACCAGGCGGCCUCGGGCUCGGAUAUCAUCUCCGGUAUGAAUAACAAUUCGAGCAGCGCUGGUCAAAGCGAGCCGAUCACACCACAUAGACAAAGUGCUCAAGUAUCCCCAUCACCCAACAAACUCCCUAGCACAAGUGGUGCGCAUCAGCAGCCGCAGCCACAGCUGCCAAAGCCGCCACAGGCACCGAUCGGAACACCUAACGUUGCGAUCACCAAAUCGAAUGAGACUGAGUUCGAUGUGGACGAAGAGAUGCUUGGUAGACUGAAUGAUUUCCUGGCUCCUCCCGAAGUACACUCUCCGCAGCAGAAAGGCAUUGAAGACCUGACUUUCUCUUAUGGCAUGCAUUCGACCACCGCCAACGAUGUCUUUGGGGCACUCAACAGCCAGAGACCAGUCAAAACACCAACAUCCGCUUCUGGCAGGGCUUUCCCCACGCUUCCAUGGGAUAUGUGGACACCCACAAACCGAUCAGGCUUUGGCUACAGUACGACGGCGUCGCCUGAGGUUGAAUCGACCACAGCUUUCGGCCAGGCCGCCCACUACAGCCACGCACCCAGGAAGACCGAGCGUCUGCAGAGCCCCAUGCUUCCAAGUGCUCCCAGGGCUUCGGACACGGCAGACGCGCAAGCCCAGGUAGCUGCCGAGCGCUAUGCUGCUGGCUCGCUUCCGAAUCGCAACUCUAGCAUUGGUGAAGCUUAUAACAAGGAGAGAAUGGAGGAAAUUUCCAAGCAGGCCAGCUGGCAAUUCAAUCAAAAAAGACAGCCCGCACGCGUUCCCACCUCGGCCAUCCCGGCUCAGACUCCGGUCCGACAACCCUACAACCAACCGGCCGGCUUGACCGACUCUCCAUUCUUUCAGUCGACCAAUUUCUCAUCGAAUGCUUCCGGCUUGCCUCAGGUGCAGGGCUCGUGGGGUUUUGCCGUUCCAGGAAAGAAGCCCUCUUGAAAAAGGACGAGAGCAUUGGUAAUAGAACUCACCGACUUCGAAGCUUUUGUGUGAUCGAACCCAGAUUAGUCACUAUACGCCAAGUUCACGCAGCUUUGGUGAACAAGUGAACCAUUCAACAUGGCACAGUUCUAGCGGACUAUCCCUGAACUUCGAUCUGUUUGUGAAGCGGGCACUGCUACACAACCGGAGGCAGAUCUCAGGUUUUGUCUAUCAUACAGCGUUGAUUAUGAGCAACAAUUGCUCGCUGCUAGCCUUGGUAAAUUGGGCAGGGGCUCCUGGAAACUCACUACCAGCUACCGGGUUGCCGAUCUACUCGGGAGGUCAUGCGUCGUUGAGAGUGCAGUAGUACCCUUGAAAGCGCGAGGUUAUUCAGCGAUGGAUGCGGACAUGAUUACAGGCAACAUCUUGCCAAGUUGUGCUCAUCCACCGGAAGUGCAGAGCGGGUUGCUUUUAUUUUUCCGUUGAGUGUCUUGUAGUGGAUUAAUAUGGGUGUCUAUUUUGGCAGAUUCAGGGGGACGUUGAGGUGGUCUGGCCCAUCAGGACCGUGGUAUCUCGAGGGGUUCUACACAUGAGUCUGGACGGCACUACACGUUUUCGAGGGUACAGGAGCCUCGCAAGCUUAAAAUCCUGCGGGUUCUGGUUUCGCGGGAAUCACCGGGUCAGUCGUACUCCGGCGGCAGUCCUCCUUCCAGUUUCGCGGGGUGUACUUGUCUACUAUGGACUUGAAAGCUCUCUGUAAAAUGAUAGUAGUUCGUAAAGAUUCAGGAUCGGAGGUAGUCUCGAUUAUUCAGCUCUUGUCGACUGGGGGUUUCCGACUUACCAGAGUACAGAAGUUCUCGUUGCCAUAGAGGUGAUUACCUGGGAUUUUGCAACCAGGAAUGGUCACGGGCUCAUCAUUGUAUCGUACGCGUACGUAGUAACCAUCAAGCCUCUCUGUUUCACUUGGAGAUAGCUCGUCCAUCGUCCUUCGCCCAAUACCUCCGGAUUCCUUACGGACCUUGGAGCUAAGUGCGCUCCACCAUCCUUG